AUGGAUCGUUUGAAUACAAUCAUAAAUGAUCUGAUUAUAUCCAAUGAAUUUGAGUUAAUCCAUCCGGUUAUCAAAGCCGGUCUCUUAACUCUUGUUCGAGAUAAUUACCUCUCGCAAUUUCUUCUAACUAUCGAACAAACGUCCAGUCAACAAAUGAACACGUGCCAUCUUGCGUUUAUACACUUCCAUAAGCAAUUAAUUGAUAUUGAAACCUAUUUAAAAAGUUUAGCACAAACGUUGGACAGUCAAUAUCAUUUUCAAUUAUUCAAUAUCGAAGAAUUUAUAAUUCAAUUGCCGUACAAUGCUGUUAAACAGCAACUCUUGCACACAACAAAUAUAAUUAAAUCAACAUUUUACAUGAAGUUCAUCGAUAUAUUCGAAUAUUAUCUAGCAGCGUAUGCCGCUCAACACGCUCGAGUUGCUUGUGCUGAACUACUGAAAGAUACAACGACAUGUUCAUUUUGUAAAUUGUCACUGUCAUUGGCGUGUAAAUGUGUUGAAUUACAAGAGCAAUUCGAAAUUAUUCUUUUGAUUUUAAAACGUCUUGGUCUUCUUUCGCGUGUUUGUCAAAAUGCAGCACUACCAGCGUGUCGAAAUCGUAUUACGAAUUUUAUCAAGCAAAUCUGCGAGCAGUACUCCUCGCAUGCUUGUUUACCGCAUUUAGAACAGUGGUUCGAGAGUGGAGUUGUAACAUGGUUGAGUAUUCUUGAAUCUCAUUGCAAGACUGAUCAAGAGAAACAUGAUGAUAAACAUCAGUCCUCAUUUCAAAUUGAUUUAUCGUUGUGUCGAACGGAAUUAAAACAUCAUAUCUACGAAUGUGUUAUGCGCGAACGAGGUGCUCGUCAUAUGUUUCAAAUCAUUGUCGAUUAUCCUGAAUCACGGCACGGCGGAGUAUUAGACGACCUAAAACGUUGCGUAUCGAUUGUGGGUAAACGUCAUCUGAUCAUUGAUAACGUCCGAAAUGAAUUUAACAAACGUUUGUUACAUCCUGGUGUCGGUACAACGGAUAUUCUAGCAGCGUUUAUUAAUGCAAUACGGGUUUUACGAUACUUGGAUUCGACGGGUGUGAUGAUGGAAUUGGCAUGUCACAAUGUGAAACAGUUUCUUGCACGUCGUGAAGAUACCAUUCGUGUGAUUGUUAGCAAUAUGAAUGAACACGAUGUGUUAGAAUUAGAUGAAUUGACGCAAGGUGAGAAUGGUGGACAUGUUCGAUCGAGUCAAGCACUUCUUGAAGAUGAAUGGGAACCAGAACCUAUUGAAGCAUUGUCGGCUCCCGAACGUGCUCUUCGACCUUCUCAUUCCCGUGAUCUGAUGUCCAUGCUCGUCUCAAUCUAUGGACAUGCGGAAUUAUUCGUCGAAGAAUAUGUUCAUAUGCUAGCUGACCGUAUGCUAUCUGGUCAAUCGAAUAAAGUCGAUAUCGAUCAUGAAGGUCGCUAUGUCGAUCUGCUGAAACAACGUUUUGGCGAUGGUGGCCUGCAAGGGUGCGAUGUUAUGCUCAAAGAUUACGUUGAUUCCCGUCAUAUGAAUGAUUUAAUCAACAAGGAAUUAGCUAAUGCUAACUUUCCACUGGUUAGUACAGUCGGUGUGCCAAUCAAAACACUGAUAAUCUCGAGUCAAUACUGGCCGGAAGUGAAGUUUUCACCAAUUGAUCUACCGGAUGAGUUGAAAGCAAUUCAGAAAGCGUAUACAACAGCGUAUGAAACAUUGAAACCACACCGAACGCUACAUUGGAGUCCGAAUUAUGGGCAAGUUGAUAUUGAAAUCGAAAUCGGCGGAAAAACAUUAGAGUUCAGUGUCACACCAUUUCAUGCGGCGAUUAUUUAUAAAUUUCAAGAUAAAGAUACAUGGACAAUUGCUGAUUUAAGUUCUUCAUUGAAAUGCUCCACGGCUUGUAUACGUAAACGUAUCAAUCUCUGGCAAAACUGUGGUUUACUGAAAGAAGAAGCAAAAGACACCUUUCGUCUAGUUGAAGAUACAUCAAAAGUCGCCUCGAACAACUCUUCUCAAGCACCUGCACUGCUGGGUGUAGAUGUCGAUGACAUGAAUGUUGAACAUCAAGCUGAGCCAGAUAAAAAAGAACACGAACACACAAUUGUGCGCAAUUUUGUCUUCGGUAUGCUUCGUUCGAUGACAUCACUAACAUUAGAAAGAAUCUACUCGUUACUGUGUGUUUACACGUUUCAUGGUCAACACGAACGAACAUUAAUUGACGUACGGAAUAUUCUCGAUGCCGAAGUGAAAUCUAAUCAGCUGUUAUAUACAAAUGGACUUUAUACAUUACCACUGAGUCAAGGAGCAAGUUCAGCAUCACCGGCUUCAACAAACGAGAAUAUGCUUGUAGAUUAA